AUGACGAAGGAUUUAUUAGGAGCUCUUAAAGCAGCGCAGUCAGAAGAUGAGGGUGGAAUGCCUGAGGCUCCUGUCCCUCUGGAUGGUUCGCAGUACAUGAAUGAGUUCUUCGCGCAGGUGGAGGAGAUUCGCAAAUUCAUUGAACGCAUCCAAGGUCUUGUGGAGGAUGUGAAAAACAAGCACGGUGAUAUUCUCUCCUCGCCCAAUCAAGAUGAAAAAACGAAAGCCCAGUUGGAGGAGGCAAUGGCAGAGAUCAAAAUGUUGGCUCACAAGGUCCGCGCUAAGCUAAAACAAAUGGAGAUGAACAUUGAGUAUGACGAGAACGCGGACAAGUCCUCAGCAGAUUUAAGAAUCCGCAAAACCCAGGUUAGUUAA